CUGAACUAUCGCCACGUGUCAUUGCUGCUUCCAACCAUCAAAUUCUGCGACCAACCAAAACCUCAUUAAUUUUGUGGCCGCGCACCGCCACAUCCAAAGCCCAGGACGAUUCCGACAGCCACCGCCACCGAAACCACCGCCGCCGCCGCAGCCACCUUCAACCACCGCCACAUCCAAAGUCUACGCCUUCUUCCUUCCCUUUUAUGGUCUCUGGUCACCCCGGCGCGGCCGAAGGAGGAGGCAGCGGAAGAGAAGUAGCGUCGUCGUCGUCGGCCGUAUUCUUCCCGCCCGACCUACUUGGGCGUGCAUUCAUGGCCCUCCCCGGAACCCCCCCAGCCUCCGAGGAGGACCACAGCAAGAAGAUCCGAAAGCCCUACACCAUCACCAAAUCCCGCGAGAGCUGGACCGAGCAGGAGCACGACAAGUUCCUCGAAGCCCUCCAGCUUUUUGAUCGAGACUGGAAGAAGAUAGAAGCCUUUGUUGGCACAAAGACAGUUAUCCAGAUAAGGAGCCAUGCACAAAAGUACUUUCUGAAGGCUCAGAAGAAUGGUACAAAUGAACAUGUUCCUCCACCUAGACCCAAGCGGAAAGCAUCUCACCCAUAUCCACAGAAAGCCCCUAAAAAUGCUCAACAGACACCUUUUGGCAGUGUUCCUCUGCAAGUUGCUUGUUUACUUGAACCAGGUUAUGCUCUUGCAAUGGAUACAUCUUCCACUCCUAAGAAAUCUACCACGAGUGUUCCAAUGCUGCCUAAGGUUCAAAGUUCCAUGCUACCAGCUAGCGGAUCUCAUUCAACAACAGAUGAUAUAGGACCUGCUGGGGUUUCAGCUGCAAAUAAUUGUUCUAGUGGCACAAUCAGUCCUACAUCCUGGCCAAAUUCCGAAACAGCUGAUCAAGAAAAUCAUGCCACAGCUCUUCAUGUUAUGCCAGAUUUCGCUCAGGUAUACUGCUUUCUCGGAAGUGUCUUUGACCCUAGCAGUACUGGUCAUUUGGAAAAACUGAAGGAGAUGGAUCCCAUUGAUGUCGAAACAGUGUCGCUUUUGAUGAGGAACCUAGCCAUCAAUUUGAUUAGCCCCGACUUUGAAACCCAUAUAAGGUUACUCUCAUCUUACAACGGUGGCGCAGAGGAUGUAAAACCUGGCACUGGAAACAACAUGCUCAAAACUGGCGCUGCUCCAUUUAUGGUUAAAGGUGAAUGAUAAACGACUCCGAUUGGGAUCAUCAGACUUUUCAACGUCUCAAAGUUCAGAACAGUCCUUAGAUAAUAUAUUGUCUUCAUGGAAAAUCAAAGCCUUGGUAUCCAAAGACAUGAGCAGUGUGAUUUGCUCAAAUCGUGUUGGAUCUUGUACAGUAGGUAAUAAGAGAUCCCACUUAUGUGGAUUGGCUCCAUUUGUUUUGUGUAUAUAACAACAGUUUUGAGAUGCUUGUGAGGUCACGAUGUUUGCUUGGCUUGUGAAAUCUGCUCUGUUCUUGAUUUUCUACCUUGUAACCUGUGACCUUAACAAUAUUUAUAUGAUAAGAUGCUAUUGUUAAAUGCAAUACAAAUUA